AUGGAGGCUGAGGACCAGACGUACCUGGAUCUCUACCUGGACCAGUGUGCUGUCCAGGAUGAUCUCACUCCUGCUGAGUCACCCCUGCUCCAUCCACUUGUGCCAUAUGAUGUAGACAUGCCUCAUCCAUCCAAUCCAGAGAUUGCAUUGAGUUCACAUCUUGAAGUCCAAGAAACAACUGGUGAUUUCUCAUCUAUGGAUCUUAGCUUCCUCCCCGAUGAACUUACUCAAGACAAUCAAGACCAGGCUGGCAGUAAUAACAAGCCUGAAACUGAAGAAAAUUGCAAAAUUUGCAGUCAGCCAAAGAGGUCACCAUCAUCAGGCCAGCAGUUUGUUAGCUUGGGCUUACCUGGCAGCCAUUUGCCUGAUCCCCACUGUCAUGGAGGCCGUGAUGAGGCAGACUCAGUUCCUCCCUGUACUGAGAAACCAAACUCCUUGCCUCUGAUCCCCAUAACUCCCAUAACACCAAUGAAUGCUGUUUUCAAAUGUUCUGGAAUGGUGCCUCAACUGCAAAAUAUAGUUUCUACUGUAAACCUAGCCUGUAAAUUGGAUCUGAAGAAAAUAGCCUUGCAGGCAAAAAAUGCAGAAUAUAACCCAAAGAGGUUUACUGCUGUCAUAAUGAGGAUCCGAGAGCCCAGGACAACGGCCCUCAUAUUUAGCUCUGGGAAAAUGGUCUGCACAGGAGCCAAAAGUGAAGAAGAGUCUCGACUUGCAACAAGAAAAUAUGCCCGUGUGGUGCAGAAGCUUGGCUUCCCUGCCAGAUUCCUGGAUUUUAAAAUUCAGAACGUGGUUGCGAGCUGUGAUGUGAAAUUUCCCAUCAGCCUGGAAGGUUUGGUGUUGACACAUCGGCAGUUUAGUAGUUUUGAACCUGAACUAUUUCCUGGACUAAUUUAUAGAAUGGUAAAACCACGGAUUGUACUACUUAUCUUUGUAUCUGGAAAAGUUGUGUUGACAGGUGCCAAGGAACGUUCUGAGAUCUAUGAAGCAUUUGAAAACAUCUAUCCUAUUCUAAAAAGUUUUAGGAAGCACAAUCCUAGUUGGUUUCAAGGAAAGACUAAAUCUAUGGAAUCUGAAUCUAUGAAUCUGGCCUGGUUCCAACAUAAAGAGCGGCUUUGGAAAGAGAAGUACCAGGACAAAAGAUGUCUUCUAGCCACCCCAGCUGAGCUGCCCAGUCACACAAGAAACAGAGGCAGACAGAGCAGCAGCAAAAGCAUCUGUGUGACUCCGAAGCAUUAUUUUUGCACCCAGGUUAGUGACCCUCAAAAGGAGUUCAGCUGCUCCACUUCACUCCACUACAGUGAAUCCAGUCAAUGA